AUGUCGACACAUAUGACACUCGAUAAGCAAACGUUUCUUGCAAAUCAUCCCGCAUAUGGUUACAAUGGAACGAUCGAUGAGAUCUAUCAAAACGAGUUUUUAUCGCGUUUACCUACCGAUCGAGUCUAUCUCGAUCAUGCUGGAACAACAUUAUAUACUCAAUCUCAACUAGAUGCUCAUUUUCGUCAACUUCGAACGUCAUUCUUAAAUAAUCCUCAUAGCGAACAAGAAGACUCGAAAACAUUACUAUUAAUUCAGGAAUGCAUCGAAUCGAUCUUGUCAAUAUUUGAAACAUCCAGUCGAGAUUAUUCGAUUGUAUUCACAUUGAAUACGACACAUGCGUGCCAAUUACUAUCUACGUUAUUUCCAUUUUCAUCCAAAUCUGAAUAUGCGUAUAUGAUCGACAGUCAUAAUAGUCUCAUCGGCAUUCGACAACAAGCUAAACUUCACGGUGGUUCGUUUUCUGUUAUUGAUUAUCCUUCGUUUAUUUACAAUCAACGAACGAACUCUGACUCUCAUGAAUCUUUUCAUUGUGUUGGCCAUUCACCGCCAGACUCAGAAUCGACCAGCACAUCAAUAUCCUAUUGUCUAUUCGCAUGUCCAGCAGAGAAUAAUUUUAAUGGACUGCGACCGCCAUUGAAUGAACUUGUGCGUCCAUUUAUUACUGCACGAGAUGCUUCUUCGAGUGAAUUUCCAAUUCCAGUGAAAAAUCAACCAUCGAAAUCGUGUCGAUGGUUAACAUUGGUUGAUUGUGCGAAAUAUCUCUCAACAAAACCGUUCUCGCUCAAAUCGUAUCCUGUUGAUUUUGUUGUCUUGUCAUUCUAUAAAAUCUUUGGUUAUCCAACUGGCUUAGGUGCAUUGAUUAUUCGAAAUGAUGUACUAAAAAUCUUAAACAAAGAACAUUACUUUGGCGGUGGAAGUGUUGAAUAUGUCUCACCAUAUGAUGAAACUCGUGUUGAUUACAAAUCCAAUAUCAAUGGUUUCAUUCAUGGAACGAUUCCAUUCACAAGUAUUCUGUCUGUUUAUCAUGGUUUUCAGUUGAUCACAUCUCAAUUAACUUACAAAUCAAUUUCUCUACAUACACAAUGUUUAAUCGAUUACUGUCGAAAUGAAAUGUCUCGAUUGGCUUAUUCCAAUGGACAGAAACUUUGUUUAUUUUAUGAUGCAAGAGGUGAUUUAACGAGAGACUGUGGUUAUUCAUACGGACCAAUUUUAAAUUUUAAUCUGUAUAAUAAGCAUGGCCAGUUUCUUUCUUGUCGCUUGAUACAAAGGAUCGCCAGUGAUCAUAAUAUUACUCUACGUGUUGGAACAUUCUGUGCACCAGGUGCAAGUCAAAGUUAUCUUGGUUCGAGAAGGUCGCUUGAAACGAAUCAUGAGUGUUGUCGUGGACUUUUCUGUGGAACGAACCAUGAUGGCGAAGAUGUGAUCGAUUUCGGCCGACAACCACUGGGUAGUAUCCGUGUAAGUCUUGGUUGGAUGAGCCGAUAUGAAGAUAUUCAAAUCUGGAUUGACUUUCUCUGUCAAAUUGUUCUACAAGGCAUUGGAAUUGCACCAUUAUUUCCACCGUCAGUAGAGAAUGGAAAUCUCUUGACUGAAAAUCUUAAUUUAACUUUAACACAUAUUUACAUCUAUCCGAUAAAAUCUUGCGCACCUAUGUCAGUUACAGAAUGGCCUUUGACAUCGAUUGCUUUUCUCUAUGAUCGAGAAUGGAUGAUUGUUGAUCAAAAUAUGAAUCCAUUAACAUUAAAACGUUUACCAAGUUUAUCUCAAAUCAAACCUCAUAUUGAUCUAAAACAAAAACAAUUAAUACUCAGUGCCAGUAAUCAUCCGUCUUUUAUUAUUGAUAUUCAUCGCGAUUCAGCAAUUGUGAAAUCAUCGGUUCAAUUAAAGGACAGAGCUCUUUGUAAUGUUUAUUCAGGUGAAAUUGAACAAUGGCUAACUCGUGUGUUGGGUAUAUAUGCAACUUUAGCACGGCGAACAAUUGAUAGUCAAAUGACUCUAGCGAACGAAGGCGCUUUUCUUCUUGUACACGAAGAAAGUGUUCGACAAAUCAAAUCUGAAUUGACUGAUUAUGAGAAUAUCACACACGAACGUUUUCGCCCGAAUUUAGUUGUCGACGGGCAGAGUCCAAAACAAGUGUGUCCAGCAUACAGUGAAGAUUUAUGGAAACGCAUGCUCAUCUUCCAUGAAAACCAAAUUAUUCGAUUAGAAACAAGUGGUUUAUGCCAGCGUUGUUCGGCCGUUAAUGUUGACCCAUCGACAGGCAAAAAUCAAAGUCAUCUAUUUACCCGUUUACAAACACAACGGCGAGAAGCAAAUACUUUAAGGGCAAAUUUUGGUAUUUUAUUGAAUCUUUCCGAAAUAUAUCCACACGCUUUAAUUCGUGUCGGAGAUAGUAUUCAAGCUUUUACAUAA